AUGCGAUUUUGGGUUCCGAAACCUCCGGCGAAAGUAAGAAAGAAUCUACCACGGGACCGCUCUGUUAUCUGCAAAGCAUUCCAACAUGUCGGUUGCGACUACAUAGGACCUUUCACGACCGACAACAAUGAAAAAGCGUACAUAGCACUAUACACCUGCUUGAUAACACGAGCCAUCCACCUAGAACUGGUCGACAGCCUCUCCGCGUCAGCCUUUCUUGACAGUUUCCUACGCUUCAUAAGCGCCGUCGGAUUGCGGUACCAAUUUUGUCCUGGGGCAAAGGUGAUUGACCAUCUCUUCCAGAACACCACAGAAACGGGACAUUCAGUCAUGUCGUAUUCAGCCACAAAGAACAUCAAAUGGAUAUUUAACCCACCGGCGGCUCCCUGGAUGGGAGGAGUAUGGGAAAGACUUGUAGGAACUGUGAAAAAAUGCAUUUCCAAGACAAUAGGUCGUAAAAAACUCUAG